GGGCGGAACGGGUUGCUCAGGGAGAAAAUCAAGGGAGUGAUAGGGUGGGGGUGGCAGAGAACGGGCACAACGCCGGCUUCCUCCGGACGGCCUCCUGCGUCCCACCUGUGCUCUUGAAAGGCGGCCCCCGCGACAGGGCGCGGCGGGAACCGGAGCCGGGAGUAGGGUCACGAGUUAAAGCGGCGGGGGCGGGAGGAUGCCCGGGCGGCGGACGGGGCGCUCUCCUCCCUUCUGACCCUGGGCGGAGCGGGGCUCGAGGUUGCUGGAGCCGCUCGCUGACUCUCCCUACGCUCUUGCCGCGGACACCGGAGCUGCGGCCGCUCCCCGCUGUCCCCCAGAGAUGGCAAAUCCUGAGGUAGUUAUAAGUAGCUGCAGCUCUCAUGAAGAGGAAAAUCGCUGCAAUUUUAACCAGCAUACGUCUCCAUCUGAGGAGCUUCUAUUAGAAGACCAGAUGAGGCGAAAACUCAAAUUUUUUUUCAUGAAUCCCUGUGAGAAGUUCUGGGCUCGAGGCAGAAAACCAUGGAAACUUGCCAUACAAAUUCUAAAAAUUGCAAUGGUGACUAUCCAGCUGGUCUUAUUUGGGCUAAGUAACCAGAUGGUGGUAGCUUUCAAGGAAGAGAAUACUAUAGCAUUCAAACACCUUUUCCUAAAAGGAUAUAUGGACCGAAUGGAUGACACAUAUGCAGUGUACACACAAAGUGACGUGUAUGAUCAGAUAAUCUUCGCAGUGAACCAGUACUUGCAGCUAUACAAUGUCUCCGUUGGGAAUCAUGCUUAUGAGAACAAAGGUAUCGAGCAGUCUGCUAUGGCAAUCUGUCAGCACUUCUACAAGCGAGGACACAUCUACCCUGGAAAUGAUACCUUUGACAUCGAUCCAGAAAUUGAAACUGAGUGUUUCUUUGUAGAGCCAGAUGAACCUUUCCACACUGGGACACCAGCAGAAAAUAAACUGAACUUAACACUGGACUUCCACAGACUCCUAACAGUGGAGCUUCAGUUUAAACUGAAAGCCAUUAAUCUGCAGACAGUUCGUCAUCAAGAACUCCCUGACUGUUAUGACUUUACUCUGACUAUAACAUUUGACAACAAGGCCCAUAGUGGAAGAAUUAAAAUAAGUUUAGAUAAUGACAUUUCCAUCAGAGAAUGUAAAGACUGGCAUGUAUCUGGAUCAAUGCAGAAGAACACUCAUUACAUGAUGAUCUUUGAUGCCUUUGUUAUUCUGACUUGCUUGGUUUCGUUAAUCCUCUGCAUUAGAUCUGUGAUUAGAGGACUUCAGCUUCAGCAGGAGUUUGUCAAUUUUUUCCUCCUCCAUUAUAAGAAGGAAGUUUCUGUUUCUGAUCAAAUGGAAUUUGUCAAUGGAUGGUACAUUAUGAUUAUUAUUAGUGACAUAUUAACAAUCAUUGGAUCAAUUCUAAAAAUGGAAAUCCAAGCUAAGAGUCUAACUAGUUAUGAUGUCUGUAGCAUACUUCUUGGGACUUCUACCAUGCUUGUGUGGCUUGGAGUCAUCCGAUACCUUGGUUUCUUUGCAAAGUACAAUCUCCUCAUUUUGACCCUUCAGGCAGCGCUGCCCAAUGUCAUCAGGUUCUGCUGCUGUGCAGCUAUGAUUUACUUAGGCUACUGCUUCUGUGGAUGGAUCGUGCUGGGGCCUUACCAUGACAAGUUUCGUUCUCUGAACAUGGUCUCUGAGUGCCUUUUCUCUCUGAUAAAUGGAGACGAUAUGUUUGCCACGUUUGCAAAAAUGCAGCAAAAAAGUUACUUGGUCUGGCUGUUUAGUAGAAUUUACCUCUACUCAUUCAUCAGCCUCUUCAUAUAUAUGAUUUUAAGUCUUUUCAUUGCACUGAUCACUGAUACAUAUGAAACAAUUAAGCAUUACCAACAAGAUGGUUUCCCAGAGACUGAACUUCGUACAUUUAUAUUAGAGUGCAAAGAUCUACCCAACUCCGGAAAAUACAGAUUAGAAGAUGACCCUCCAGUAUCUUUAUUCUGCUGUUGUAAAAAGUAGCUAUCAGGUUUAUCUGUACUUUAGAGGAAAAUAUAAUGUGUAGCAGAGUUGGAAGACUAUAUGGAUAUUCUGAGAUCAGACGUAGUAUGUUUGAAGACUGUUAUUUUGAGCUAAUUGAGAUCUAUAAUUCACCAAUAAUUGUUUAUAUUUUUAAAGAGCAAUAUUUAAUGUCUUUGCAGUUUUAUGCUGGGCUUGUUUUUAAAAAUAACUUCAAUGAGAAAAGCUAUUGGAUUAUUAUUAUUUCUUGUUUAUUUUGCCAUGGCUUUAGAAUGUAUUCUCUGUGCCUCUCUUUUGCUCUGAAACUCUUGCUUCCCGCUAUUCUGAUUGUGUGGACUGUAUAAUCAGUGGAAAACAAUCCCUGGUCUGACUGUGACUUCGGACAACUCAGUAACCCUAGCUUGGACCACUCUCAGGCAUCCAUCCUUGAGAGACUGGGGGUCAUUACCAUAUAUACAGUAAUCAUUGCAUUUUAAAAUCUUCUCUUAAAAGGAAGAAUAAGAGUGCACCAGAAUGAGAGUGUGACAGCUAACAAUGUGAUACAGCCAUGUGUCACUUAGGACAGAGAUACAGUCUGAGAAAUGUGUUGUUAGGUGAUUUUGUCAUUAAACAUCAUAGCAGGUACUUCCAUAAACCUAGAUGGUAUAGCUUACUACACACCUAGGCUAUUUGGUAUAGCCUGUUAGUCCUAGGGUACAAAUCUGUACAACAUGUUACUGUAUUGAAUACAUUAGGCAAUUCUAACACAAUGGUAAGUAUCUGCACAUAGAAAAGGGACAGUAAAAAUAUGGUUUUAUAAUAUUCUGGGACUACCAUUGUACAUGUGGUACAUCGUUGACCAAAACAUCGUUAUCCAGCAUAGGACUGCAUUUGGUUAUGAAAGGUAACUGUUAUUUGAUUCUGCUUUUAGUUCUUAAGAGGAUCAAGUUUUUAAAUACUCAUUUACAAGUUUUCUAUCCUCCUUCAGUGUUAAAGUAGAAAGUAAAAAGAGUAUCUUAUACAUGCAUGAAAUUAAAGCAUAUACCAAAUGCA